AUGUAUUCCUCACUCCGGGUACCCAUCCUUCUCACGGCAGCAACAUCCGUUGCUGCUCAAUUCGUCAAGGCUCCUACAGAUCUCAUUAAUGCCACUGGAUACCUUGAUUUACCGGUUCGAUACAAAGAAGUCCCGACUGGUAUAUGUGAAACGCAGGAAGGUGUUAAGAGUUACUCGGGAUAUGUGGAUGUCGAGGAAGAUCAACAUGUCUUUUGGUGGUUCUUUGAAACUCGUAACGGUAACGCAUCGGAGGCUCCAUUAACAGUAUGGAUUAACGGCGGACCAGGCUCUUCCUCUAUGAUUGGUCUUUUUGAGGAAAAUGGACCGUGUUAUAUUGAUGCAGAGGGAAGUGUGAUCAAUAAUCCUUACAGCUGGAAUAAUGUUAGCAAUAUGAUUUAUAUUGAUCAACCUACUCAGGUCGGUUUCUCAUACUCGAUUCCAGUCAAUGGAUAUGUUGAUCCUAGCUCGGGUUACAUCAUCACUCUGCCAAAUGCUACUUGUCCAGACUAUGCACAAGGUUCGGAUUGUGGAACUUAUAGUUAUGGAAAUGAAAGUCUUACGGUCAAUACUACCCAGGCUGGAGCUCCCAACUUCUGGAAAACCUUGCAAGGGUUCAUGGGCGCUUUCCCUGAAUACUCUCGAAACGGCUUUCACUUUGCGACUGAGAGUUAUGGUGGUCAUUAUGGUCCAGUAUACAAUGAGUAUAUUGAGACUCAAAACGCCAAGAACAUCUCCGGUGCUCACAAAAUCUCCCUUGAAUCGGUUCUCAUCGGAAAUGGUUGGUAUGAUCCAUUGAUCCAAUAUCAAGCUUACUACAACUUUACCGUCUACCCUGGUAACACAUACGACUAUUCUCCCUUUAACGAGAGCGUACAAGCCCAAUUCUACAACAAUCUCUAUGGUGCCGGAAACUGUGUCGAUCAAGUCAAAGACUGUGCAGCGAGAGGUAUCAAUGAGAUUUGUCAAGCUGCAGAUUCUUUCUGUGCUGAUCUCGUAGAAAGUAUCUAUGACAUCUAUCUGGGAAGAGAUGAAUAUGACAUGAGAGAGUUGACACCUGAUCCUUUCCCAUAUGGUUACUACACAUCAUAUCUCAACACACCAGAGGUCCAAGCUGCUAUUGGUGCUUUCCAGAAUUUCAGUACUUCUUCAAAUACAGUAGGAAAUGCAUUUGCCUCUACUGGUGAUGAUGAUCGAGAGUCUGGUACUAUUGAGGCGGUCAGAGCAUUGCUUAGCCAAGGAGUUUACGUUGCUAUGAUGGCCGGUGAUGCCGAUUACAAUUGCAACUGGCUAGGUGGAGAAGUAGUCGCUAACGAGGUAAACGCCACCAACUUCUCCGUCGCCGGCUACACCAAUAUUACCACCUCUGACUCCAUCGUCCACGGUCAAGUAAAACAAUCCGGACUCUUCUCCUUCUCCCGCAUCUACGAGUCCGGUCACGAAGUUCCCUUCUAUCAACCUCUUGCCUCUCUCGAAAUCUUCGAAAGAGUCAUUGGAAGAAAGGAUAUCGAAAGUGGAUUGAUUAGCAUUGAUAGUAACAAAACUUACUUGACAACGGGAACGCAAAAGAGUACGUAUAGAGAAGGCAACGCAACGAUGCAAUUCGAGGUUUUGCCAUCAAAUAGUACAUAUAACACCACUUUGAAUGGACCAAACCCAGUAAGUCUCGCGAAGACGGAAUUGAAGAGGUCACUUUUGGGGAGAGAUAGUGGAAGUGGAGGUAUGAAAAAGAGAUUUAAGCCGCAAAGUAAGAAAUCGAAGAGGACUUGGCAUUGA